AUGAUAAAGGAAAAUUGGAAGCUAAUAGCAUUGACAGUGCUGACAUUUCUACAACUCAGUCGAAAUUUAUCAACGCUUAAUGACGAGCUCAAUCCUUCGCUCAAACUGCUCUCAAUUGGUGGAAUAUCUUUGCUUGUCUUGAGUUUGCUGAGCUCUCUUUUUCAGCUGGUAACAACGAUGUCAGCUAAAUUCCAGCUUUCGCGUGAAAAUUUCAAAAUUGGCGCCUGCGUCUGGUUGUUUAUAAAUGUCUGCGCUGCGCUGUGGAGUUUUAUACACUCGAUUUUUCUGACGAUGCUUUCGCUAAGUUCGCCGACCGCAGCGGGCGAAAUCCUCUUAGAAGAGAAAAGCGUCGAAACCAAAGCUGGCGGAGAGGAAGAGAUUACAGCUAUCGAAGAAGCUGUAACUCUAGAAACGGAAGAAGGCACUUCGAGAGCUCCAUUCUUGAUAAGCUGGAUCCUGACGUUUGCCUUUGCGACUUUGACGGUGCUCAUUGCGAUGGAAUUAAUCAAGAAGACGAGAGAAGUGGAUCAAAUUUAUAAAGAAACAAAUGCACGAGAAUCGCCAGCUCAAAACCAGCCAGUUGGAGAAGGCAAGAAGGGAAUCUCAUCAGAAUCAGCGGCGGCAAAUGACGUGGGCUACUGGUCGGAUUCGGCUCCAGGAACGUCCUCGAAUACGUCCAUCUCCGAAAAGGUCACGAACUCGCCGAAUCAAUUCGAUCAAUCCGAUGCAAAUUCGACGCGACAAUACACGGAAAUAGAAGAGGACUCUUUCCGCAUUCAAAUGGAUGCGCGGGGCGCGAAGGAAGACUUGAUGAAUCGCUGCUGCAUCAUGCCAGGUCAAAGUCAAGACAUCAACAAUAACAACAACGCCAAGUAUCCAAUGCCAAACAGAGUCGAGGAAUUGAAAGGAAGAAACAAGCGACAGGGACGACUGCCUGGCCACGUGCCUGAGAAAUACGAAGAAUCACAGCAGUACGAUUGGCGAAAAAGCCUUCCGCGAAAUCCAACAGACAAACGUGUUGGUGGAGAGGAAAGCGGGCGGGCUCCUUACCCGGAUCAAUCGAAAGCCCAAAAGCUCAAUCCCGGGCAACAAUUGACCACUUUCGUAAACUCGGAAACGCUCUCUUCAAACGCACUUCAAUCGCAAUUGGAUAAAAUCAAGAGGCUUGAAGAAAAACUGAACAAGGCCCUCUCCGUACCGCAAAAAGUUAUUUGUGACUCAUCGGCAACCAUCAGUUCCGGCAGCAUCGCUUCUGAAGCGGUCGAUCCAUCCAAUACUCCUUCCGAGCGGCCAGACUCUUCCAACGCAAGAAUCUACAUGGAAAAUCAUGAUCUGAAGUUUCCAACUGGUCAGCUAAGCUCGGCUAGCUUCGCGUCAAGCCGUAGAAGCACUUUGAACCACAAGAAAACUGUAAGAUGGCGAAAUUUCAAAGAAGAAUUCGAGUUCUACGGAGAUAUAACAGUACAAAAACGAAACCGCCCAGAAGACAAAGAAGACGCUUGA